AUGUAUGAUUUAAUUACAAAUGUUGUCGUUAAGCAGUUGGUCGCAUUAGUACGUGUAAGUGGCAAAAAUGGCCAAACAGUGUUAUGUCGAGCACUACUAGAUUCUGGAUCACAAUCGCAUUUUAUAACAUCAUCAUUGACAACAGAACUAGGCAUUGACAGAAUAAAUGCUCAAGUGAUCGUCAACGGUACAUCCUCGGCAGAGACAACUGUCAGCGAGAAGGCAGAGUUCACGGUGUCAUCACGCGUAAACAAUAAGGAGUAUCAAAUUACUGCUUUGGUUGCACCACGUAUCACUAUUGAUCUACCUGUUGGUAAGAUAGAUACAUCAAAUUGGCAUCAAUUACAAGACGUACAACUAGCUGACCCAACGUUCCAUUUACCAGGAAAAAUUGAUAUUCUCAUAGGCGCUGAACUCUUUUAUGAUAUUGUGCAAGAUGGUAAACAGUUUGUAACAGAGGGUGCCCCUAUACCACAAAAUUCAAGAUUUGGUUGGAUUGUUACUGGUGGUAACAACAUCACUAAAACUGAUCCAACACAGACCACAACCAGUGUAAUCACCUGUUGUACCAGUACCACUCAUCAGCGACUUGAGAGCCAAAUUAAAAAUUUCUGGAAAAUUGAAGAGGUGCCUAGAGUGACAACUAUGUCAAAACAAGAUCAACUCUGCGAAGACCAUUUCCUCAAAACAUUUAAACGCAAUGAAAGUGGGCGUUACGCUGUACGGUUGCCAUUUAAGGAGACGCCGCACUCUGUGAACAAUUCAUACGACGUUGCUGUACGAAGACUCGCCCAGGUGGAGAGGUCACUGCUUCGAAGUCCAUCAGUGUACGACCAGUACCGACAGUUCAUGGCUGAUUAUCUUGAACAGAACCACAUGGAUGUCACUACUAAAUUGAGAGUUGUCUUUGAUGGAUCUGCUAUUGUCUGCAAUGGGAAGUCACUAAACGGCACAUUACAUCGAGGUCAUAAACUACAGCGUGACAUAGUAAUAGUUAUCACCAGAUUCCGUAUGCACAGAUAUGUUUACACUGCUGACAUAAGUCAGAUGUUUCGGCAGAUUGAGAUGCACCCUGAUGACCAGUGUUAUCAAUGUAUUGUGUGGCGAAAUCACCCAUCAGAACCAAUACAAAUGUACAAAUUGAAAACGGUGACUUAUGGAUUGAUAACUUCACCAUUUCAUGCUUUACGCACACUAUCUCAACUUGCUGUUGAUGAACAAGCCAAUUAUCCUGAAGGAUCCACAAUACUCCAGAAUGACUUCUACGUCGAUGAAGUCAUGUCAGGCUGUUACAACGUCAAUGAUGCCGAGGUUCAAAUACAGCAGUUGAACGAUCUACUUAAACGUGGUGGAUUUGAGUUAAGGAAAUGGGCCAGUAAUACACCCACACUCUUGGAAAACAUUUCAGCCGAGCAUCAACUGUUGCAGAUUUCUAUGCCUGAUCAACAUAAUGUAUCUGUGUUGGGCAUUUUGUGGAACACCACAAGAGAUACGUUUUCAUUUAAAGUAGAACCUACACCACAUUUGGAACGCAUUACUAAACGUGAAUUAUUAGGAGAAAUUGCACGCAUUAUGACCCAUGUGAAUGGCUGGCACCAAUGA